AUGCCUGAGCCUUCCGAAAAUGGAACAGACGACGAAAAGGUUCAGAAAAGCGUACAAAUCGGAGAAGUAAUUGAUUACUGCAACUCUUCAGGUUCAUCGGUGAACGAAUUGGUGAAUGGAGUGUGCCCUCGAUCUUCACCGUCACCACCUGCGUCUCGUAGGCGAUUACGAACGAUGAGUGGCUCCAAAGCCGAACAUCAUCUCUACACUACAAAGACCGGAAGGAAAAUAUACACAAAAGGGAGGCCGCCGUGGUAUGACAGCAGAGGAAAUACACUCAAGCAGCCGUAUGUCAUUGGCAUCUGUGGCGGUUCAGCCAGUGGUAAAACCACAGUAGCAGAGAAGAUCAUUGAAAAGCUGGAGAUACCGUGGGUGACAAUCUUGAGUAUGGAUAGCUUUUAUAAGGUACUGAACGAGAAAGAGCACGCUCUUGCAGAAGAAUCAAAUUACAAUUUUGACCAUCCCAAUGCCUUCGAUUUCGAUCUGCUGUUUGAGGUUUUAACUCGGCUCCGCGAAGGAAAGAGUUGCGAGGUGAUGUACGGCGCAGAUGUCUUGAUUUUCGAAGGAAUCCUCGCUUUCCAUCGUCCAGAAAUAACCGCCAUGAUGGAUAUGAAGGUUUUACUUUCAGCGGAUGUUACGGUAUUUGUGGACACGGAUGGUGACGUGCGCUUAGCUCGACGACUAAAUCGUGAUAUCAACGAGCGAGGUCGUGACACCGUUGGUGUGCUUGAUCAGUAUUUUAGAUUUGUUAAGCCGGCAUUCGAAGCGUAUAUCGCGCCAGGAAUGAAGGUUGCUGACAUUAUCGUUCCACGAGGUGGGGACAAUGAUGUGGCAAUCAAUCUCAUUGCGAAGCAAGUGAUGACCCAACUGGUGAAAAGAGGUUAUGACCAAACAGCUCAUUCGCAAUGUCGUCACGAUCUGGUGAACAUGAGUCAGCUCCCUGAUGAAUUGCCUGACAGUCUUACUAUCAUCAGAGAAACACCACAAGUUCGUGGUUUGCACACGUUUAUCCGGAACAAGUACACGAAAAGAGAUGAGUUGAUUUUCUACUCUGAGCGCCUUACACGCAUUCUUGUUGAAGAAGCCAUGAAUUUCAUGCCGUAUAAAGAUGUAGAGAUUGAGCUGAACAAUGGUCAAAAGGUGAAAGGACGUCGUCAAUGCGCCAAGAUUUGCGGGAUAGCAAUAAUGAGAGCAGGGGAGACUAUGGAGAACUCUCUACGAGCGGUUGUGAAGGAUUGUAAGAUGGGAAAAAUAUUGAUUCAAACGAAUGAUAAGACCAUGGAACCAGAGCUCUACUACCUCCGUCUGCCAAAAGAUAUUGACAAGUAUAAAGUGAUGCUUCUGGAUGCGACAGUCGCGACUGGUGCAGCAGCUAUGAUGGCUAUUCGAAUUCUCCUUGACCAUGACGUGCCGGAAGAUAAUAUUUACGUCCUUUCAUUGCUUAUGUCUGAACCGGGAGUUCAUGCUCUUGCAUACGCGUUCCCGAAGAACGGUGGAAACAAGACUGAUGCUCAUUCAUUCCAGAAAAUAUACACAAAAGGGAGGCCGCCGUGGUAUGACAGCAGAGGAAAUACACUCAAGCAGCCGUAUGUCAUUGGCAUCUGUGGCGGUUCAGCCAGUGGUAAAACCACAGUUGCAGAGAAGAUCAUUGAAAAGCUGGAGAUACCGUGGGUGACAAUCUUGAGUAUGGAUAGCUUUUAUAAGGUACUGAACGAGAAAGAGCACGCUCUUGCAGAAGAAUCAAAUUACAAUUUUGACCAUCCCAAUGCCUUCGAUUUCGAUCUGCUGUUUGAGGUUUUAACUCGGCUCCGCGAAGGAAAGAGUUGUUCAUCGGUGAACGAAUUGGUGAAUGGAGUGUGCCCUCGAUCUUCACCGUCACCACCUGCGUCUCGUAGGCGAUUACGAACGAUGAGUGGCUCCAAAGCCGAACAUCAUCUCUACACUACAAAGACCGGAAGGAAAAUAUACACAAAAGGGAGGCCGCCGUGGUAUGACAGCAGAGGAAAUACACUCAAGCAGCCGUAUGUCAUUGGCAUCUGUGGCGGUUCAGCCAGUGGUAAAACCACAGUUGCAGAGAAGAUCAUUGAAAAGCUGGAGAUACCGUGGGUGACAAUCUUGAGUAUGGAUAGCUUUUAUAAGGUACUGAACGAGAAAGAGCACGCUCUUGCAGAAGAAUCAAAUUACAAUUUUGACCAUCCCAAUGCCUUCGAUUUCGAUCUGCUGUUUGAGGUUUUAACUCGGCUCCGCGAAGGAAAGAGUUGUGAGGUACCAGUGUACGAUUUCACCACUCAUUCUCGGGAUAAUAAUCCAAAGGUGAUGUACGGCGCAGAUGUCUUGAUUUUCGAAGGAAUCCUCGCUUUCCAUCGUCCAGAAAUAACCGCCAUGAUGGAUAUGAAGGUUUUACUUUCAGAGGAUGUUACGGUAUUUGUGGACACGGAUGGUGACGUGCGCUUAGCUCGACGACUAAAUCGUGAUAUCAACGAGCGAGGUCGUGACACCGUUGGUGUGCUUGAUCAGUAUUUUAGAUUUGUUAAGGUUAUGACCAAACAGCUCAUUCACAAUGUCGUCCACAUUGGAUGUGACAAGAGUCAGCUCCCUGAUGAAUUGCCUGACAGUCUUACUAUCAUCAGAGAAACACCACAAGUUCGUGGUUUGCACACGUUUAUCCGGAACAAGUACACGAAAAGAGAUGAGUUGAUUUUCUACUCUGAGCGCCUUACACGCAUUCUUGUUGAAGAAGCCAUGAAUUUCAUGCCGUAUAAAGAUGUAGAGAUCGAGCUCAACAAUGGUCAAAAGGUAAAAGGACGUCGUCAAUGCGCCAAGAUUUGCGGGAUAGCAAUAAUGAGAGCAGGGGAGACUAUGGAGAACUCUCUACGAGCGGUUGUGAAGGAUUGUAAGAUGGGAAAAAUAUUGAUUCAAACGAAUGAUAAGACCAUGGAACCAGAGCUCUACUACCUCCGUCUGCCAAAAGAUAUUGACAAGUAUAAAGUGAUGCUUCUGGAUGCGACAGUCGCGACUGGUGCAGCAGCUAUGAUGGCUAUUCGAAUUCUCCUUGACCAUGACGUGCCGGAAGAUAACAUUUACGUCCUUUCAUUGCUUAUGUCUGAACCGGGAGUUCGACUCAUAACGACUGCCGUGGAUCCCCAGAUUUCCGAUAACUUCUACGUUCUACCUGGAAUGGGUAAUUUUGGAGAUCGUUAUUAUGGUACCUAUUCGAGCGACACAGAAGGCGAAGAACCGGUUGAUGGCUAA